CGCCGCGCGCUGGGCCAGCCGUGCCCGCGAGCCCGGCGCUGCGCCUGCACCUGCGCGGCCGGCAGCCCCGGCGCCACGGUACAUGUCACAGAGCAAGCACACGGAGGCGCGGGAGCUCAUGUGCUCGGGGGCACUCCUGUUCUUCAGCCACGGCCAACAAAACAGCGCUGCGGACUUGUCCAUGUUGGUCUUAGAGUCGCUGGAGAAGGCGGAAGUCGAGGUGGCCGCUGACCUGUUGGAAAAUCUGGCUAAACUGUUCAGUCUGAUGGACCCGAAUUCCCCAGAGCGAGUGGCUUUUGUGUCUCGAGCCCUGAAGUGGUCCAGUGGAGGAUCAGGGAAGCUGGGCCACCCCCGUCUCCACCAGCUGCUGGCCCUCACCCUGUGGAAAGAGCAGAACUACUGCGAGUCCCGGUACCACUUCCUGCACUCGGCGGACGGCGAGGGCUGUGCGCACAUGCUGGUGGAGUACUCCACGUCCAGGGGCUUCCGCAGCGAGGUGGAUAUGUUCGUGGCCCAGGCCGUGCUACAGUUUCUCUGUUUAAAGAACAAAAGCAGCGCGUCAGUGGUGUUCACAACGUACACGCAGAAACACCCGUCCAUCGAGAACGGCCCUCCGUUUGUGCAGCCUCUGCUGAAUUUCAUCUGGUUUCUGCUGUUGGCCGUAGAUGGGGGCAAACUGACCGUGUUCACGGUGCUGUGUGAGCAGUACCAGCCGUCCCUCCGGCGGGACCCCAUGUACAAUGAGCCUGGCGGCCCCAGGCCUCAACACCACGUGCCAUCGCCUUCACUGGGGUCCCAUGUCAACUUCGACCUCCACCGGGGCAGGGACCUUUGUAGCCCUUCAUCUGAGAGUGGCUUUUACGAGCCUCGACGUGCUACUACUUUUGAGCGGCUUCCUUCUAGAAGUAACUGCAAAAACACACAGAUGGCUGUUGUGUGCCCUUGCGACGUAUCCUCCACACUGCGCCUGGUUCUUGAUGGAGCUGAAGCUGCCCCAGGGAACCUUCUGAGCAGCCUCAUGGGCGCCUCGGAGCAGGAGGGCGAGGACAGUCAGGACGACAGCAGCCCCAUCGAGCUCGACUGA